CGGCGCCCUGUUCCUGAACUCAAAGGGCGGAUGCCAGACCUGGUUGAGCCACCUGGCAACCUCUCACGGUGUCGACGUACCGGACUUGAAGGACAAAAUCACAUGGGAGGAACUGACACGGCUGUGGAAGAAGCGGUUCAUCGUCGACGACGCGCCGACACUCGCCAUCAACCGUUUGUUCACCAUGUCACAGGGCAACACUGCAACACGGGAUUGGCUCACGGAGUGGCAGAAGAUUGCAGCGGUGCCCAAUCUGGAAUUGGCAUUCACGCAUCUACGCCGUGAGUUCUACAACAGGUCUUGUGCGGCAUUGAGCCAGGCUCUUGGUGAUCGCAAGCAGUUUUCAACCUUCGCUGAGAUCAUUGACAAGGCAAGAGAGAUCAUCAAGACCAACAGGUCAGCUGCACACGAGAAAUCAAUAUGGCAGCCGACCUAUGUGGAGAAGGUACGAACUGGUCCGCGACAGCAGCACUUCGCUGCAGUCCAGUCGGACAGUGGAGAUAACCCAGCAGCCACUCGAGCAUCAAGUGACGGAGAUCAGGUGGCUGCUGUCCAGUUGCGAAGCAACAACAAGUCCCGCAACAAUGGGAAGGCGAAAUCCGCAUCGCAGGCCGGAAAUGGACAGCCUGUACAAGUUCCAUGGGUAAAGUUCGGCUUGACCGAGGCCGAGUACAAGCUCGGAAAACUGAGCUCUGCGGAAGGUGAGGCGACUCCACCUUCUACUCUGCCAGAUUCGGCCGCCUUGCUAGCGGCCUCCUGCACAUCUGGGGAGAACGUGAAUGUCGCAAGUUCUCGUUACACUUACGAGGACAAUGCUGUCCACUUGGUUCCACCGCUGGACCAGCCGCUCCACGUGCAACAAUCUACCGCAUGCACGGUUUCAUCACCAUCGGCAACCGGUUCGGCAUCUUCGCCGCCAUCUAUCGUCGGGGAUUCAUCGUCGUGGUCAAGACUUGAGGUGCUCGACCCACUGACGUUCACGGACUUCCAGUGGAUGCCCGUUCCCCCGACCGGACGAUUGCCGAAACCGCAUUGCAAUGUGCUCAUGGCACAACUGCGAGAUUACUUGCACACUGCAGGACCAGCUCCGUUGAUGGACGUCGGAGUAGAGGUUGUUGACCUUCAUGCUUACAUUGCGAAGAUCGACCGCGAGUUCAAGACGCAACGGUAUGACGACAUCGACGCACGAUUGCUAUAUGUACACAUUCAGAUCGGCGAGGCGACCUGCAACGCCUUGAUCGAUUGCGGAGCAUCUCGCAACUACAUCAGUGAGGACUUCAUGGUGCGCGCCAGCCUUGGCCCACGCGUCCGGAGGAAGUCCCAGCCGAUGCAAGUCACGUUGGCGGACGGUCACACGCAUAAGUCCAUCGACCGGUGCGUUGACAACGUCCCAGUGUACUUUGCCCCUCACGCAAGUGAGGCGGUGUCCUUUGACAUUCUGGAGACCAAAUUUUAUAUGAUCUUCGGCAUGUCAUGGCUACGAAGCGAGGAUCACCCGGUGAACUUCUUCCACCGCACCGUUCACAUUCGUGAUCGGAACGGAGUACUAGUUCCAUGCACGGUGCCUCUUCCUCAUCCUUCGAUCAGCUGCCACGUGGUAUCCGCCGCAAGCAUACGAGCUUCCAUCAUCAGAGACGACAUCGAGGAGAUGGGGGUGUGUUUUCUCCACGCCCUCCCGCCCCAUGACGCUUCAUCGACAGACUCACCUUCGGAUCCACGCAUCACCGAGCUUCUCGACGCCUACAGCGACGUGUUCGAAGGCCCGCACGGAGUAGUACCGGAUCGACCCAUCUGCCACGAGAUCAUCCUCGAGAACGGGGCCGUACCUCCGCGCGGUUGCAUCUACCGAAUGAGCGAGGAAGAGUUAAGUGUGCUUCGGGCACAACUCGAUGACCUUCUGGAGAAAGGCUGGAUUCGGCCUAGCUCAUCGCCAUACGGUGCUCCUGUUCUCUUCGUCCGGAAGAAGAACAAGGAUCUGUGGUUGUGCAUCGAUUAUCGCAAGCUCAACACGCAGACGAUCUGAAACGUCGGCCCUCUCCCACGCAUCGACGAUCUUCUCGAGCGACUGGGCGGCGCCAAGUUUUUCUCCAAGCUGGACCUCAAGUCGGGAUAUCACCAACUCGA